CAACUACAUCAUUAGAAACUAAUAUUUUGUGAUCGUGUUGUUUUAACAUUUGUAGGAAAUGCCUCAUGUCUUCUGAAAGCCUAAACACUGUCAUGCAAAUCAAACCCCUUCAUAAAUGAUUAGAGGUGUUCUCAGGAGAAGUGAGGAUCUGGGUUCAGGUUCAGAUCAAACCAUGUUCUCUACACUUCUACUCUUGCUGUUAACAGCUACAUCUGGUAUUAAAUGUAUUGAACUGGUUCAGCCUGCAGUCAUACUGGUUAAGCCUGGAGAAUCAUUUUCAGUCCCCUGUAAGAUCACUGGAUACUCAGCCACUAGUCAAUGUACUAACUGGAUACGACAAUCAGGACAAAAACUGGAAUUGAUCGGCUGGUACUGCAGCUCCAGUGAUACUGGCAGAAGCUCUUCCUUCAACACAAACAUGUUUGCUUCAGCUCCACUGCUGCUGCUGGCUCUCGCCCCCUAUGUGUUCUGUGCUACUGAGCUCAUCCAGCCAGACUCACUGCUUAUAAAGCCAGGAGAGACUUUAACCAUCACCUGUAAAGUGUCUGGAGCUUCUAUCACUGAUAGCAGCAGCCACUUUGGAACAGCUUGGAUUCGACAACCUGCAGGAAAAGCUUUAGAAUGGAUCAACAACAUUUAUUAUAGUGGGAGUAUUGAUAAGAAAGAUUCACUUAAAGACAAGUUUGUGGUCUCUCGAGACACUUCCAGUAACUCUGUGACCUUACGGGGACAGAACAUGCAGACUGAAGACACAGCUGUGUAUUACUGCGCUCGUGUAACACACAGUGACACGACAAGCUGCAGUGCUGCACAAAAACCUCAUCACAAUUCACUUCUUUAAUUAAAUAACA